AUGAAAUUAUUACCUGGAAGGAGCCCGGAGCGGCAGCGGCGACAGUCAGCGAAAGCCACACGGAAGAAGGACGGCGAGGAGCGGCCCGAGGUCAUUUCUGAGGCGCUGCGAACACAUACGAGGGCGGUUAGAAACGACACUUGGAAGGCGGCUCCAGGGAAAACCAGCUUAUUCCUUAGUCCUGCAGCAAGGACGGAACGCUUCGCCCGGCAGGACUCGCAGCCCAGCAGGAGCCCACACGCACCGCGGGAAGGGGCUCGGCGGCUCCCGGCCCCACAGGACACGGCCGCGCCCGAGCCGCCGCCGCGGAGAGCCCGUCCCGCCGCUCACCGCUCACCGCUCACCCCUCACGGAGCCGCCUCCGCCAUGCCCGGGGCCGCCCGGGCAGCUCGCGGCCUCCCGGCGCUGCUCCGGCCGCGGCGUAGCGGCGCGCGAACUACAACUCCCGGCGGGCGCCGCGGCGGGGGCGCGGCGCGGCGAGCUGCAGCAAAAUGCCUCCCAUAUCUCCAAACUCCCUGAAGGAUUUCAAUUGCCAGCCGAAAUACCCAGCUGAGUGUGCUCUGACUCAAUUCUCUCCUUUAUUUCCUCUCUAAAAGUCCCAUCAAAACCACUGCAUCUCCUCUCACUCUCCUGAGGGCUUUUUUAAAAGGUGUUUUGUAAAGUAGGUUCUUCAUUAAUCUGUUUGUCUUAAGCUGCUUUAAAAUACUCAUUGGCUGUAUCAGGAGCCAAGCUUAAAAAAAAAAAAAGUGCAGGAUUUGUGGAGGAUUGAGCUGAAUUUCUCAGCUGUCUGGAACUGGCAUUAGUGCUCAGCAUCCUAAGAAGGGUGAUAUUCCUGCUUUCCCUGGUACUCACCAGCCCAAUUUUGGGUUCAUGGAGCAAAGUCAAAGUUUUUUUUUUUUUU